AUGGCAACAAUAACAACCGCCGUCGUAUCCCUCCCCACACUCACCCAGACCGGCGCCACCAUAGCCCUCCAAGCCGCCUCGCUCCACGCCACCGACCUCGGUCUCGCAAUGAGCAUCGCCAUCGUCGACGCACACACCCACCUUCUCACCUUCACGCGCCUGGACGGCGCAAAACUCUCCUCCAUCGACACCGCCAUCGCCAUGGCCGCCACCUCCGCAUCGACCCGCCUGCCCACCUCGGCGCUCUCAGACCACCCCCCGCCCAGCCCGCGCAUCUGCACGCUCCCAGGCGGCCUGCCCAUUCUGUCGCCCACUGGCGCGCUGCUCGGCGCGAUCGGGUGCUCCACGGGCACGAGUCUGCAGGGCGAGGACGCGGCGGCGGCGGGGCGCGAUGCGCUGCUUGCGUUUAUUCGGGCGGAGGGGGAGGACGAGGCGCGUCGGAUUGAGGAAGAGAGGGGCGCGGUGCUAAGGCUGUGGAAGGAGAAGGAGAGCGAGGCGGAGCGGUUGCGGGACGAGCUGGAGUGCGAGCGCGAGAUGCGCGGGGCGGGGAAACGGCGCAAGAUGAGCAGUGUGGGGCCGAAUACGCCGCCGGACGAGGGCGAGGUGGGGGAUUUCUUGACGCCGAGUUUCGUGGGCGAAGUGCGGGUCGGUGAGUUUUGA